AUGAACAAUACAAAUACACAGGCAAAAGUUGAUAUCAACAAGUCUCAAGGUGAGUUCGCUCGUCGACGGCACGGCUCGUUUUCUCGUCGCUCGCGCACGCGUCUUGUCAUCCGACGUGUCGAGAUGUCGGCCGCUCGACCGAACAUAUCGCGCAAGAACCCGGAGCAAGAGUUCGAGCUGUUCAAACGCAUCGGGAGUGGUACAUACGGGGAAGUGUACAAGGCGAAAGUCAUCAAGACGAACCAGUUGACGGCGCUGAAGAUCAUCAAGAUCGAGCAGGGAGAUGACUUUGCUAUCAUACAGCAGGAGAUUGGUGUACUACAGGAGUGCUCGCACAGUAACAUUGUUGCUUACUUUGGAAGUUACCUAAAAAGCGAUCGUUUGUGGAUAGCCAUGGAGUUUUGUGGUGGGGGAUCGCUUCAAGACAUCUAUCACAUCACCGGUGGUCUCAACGAACUGCAGAUUGCUUAUGUGUGUGGAGAGACGUUAAAGGGUCUUGACUACUUGCACAACAAGUGUCUCAUACAUCGAGACAUAAAGGGAGCGAAUAUUUUAUUGACGUCUGAGGGUUUGGUGAAGCUUGCUGACUUUGGGAUUGCAGCACAGAUUAGUGCGACACUUGGCAAGAGGCGGUCGUUUAUUGGGACUCCUUACUGGAUGGCUCCUGAAGUGGCAGCGGUCGAUAAGAAGGGAGUUGGCUAUGACUUCAAGUGUGACAUCUGGGCUGUUGGUAUCACUGCUAUAGAACUAGCAGAGACCCAACCACCCAUGUUUGACCUUCAUCCGAUGAGAGCUUUGUAUUUGAUGACUAAAAGUAACUUCCGGCCACCAAAUCUUUCACGGAAAGGCAAAUGGUCUAAGGAAUUUCACGAUUUUUUGAAGUUGUGUCUAACCAAAGAACCGAAACGGCGACCAUCGGCAUCAGAACUUCUCCAGAACUUCUUCGUAAGGAGACCGUUGACGAAAGAACUGAUGAUCAAUCUGUUGAAGAUGUCCAUGAAUCCUGAGGAUCUUCCGUCUCCAGCAACUGCCGAUGACGAUGACGACGAGGAUAAAGAUGAUGUGGCAGUUCAACGUGAAGGAUUGCGGAGAAUUCAGUCUCAACGUCAAGGACAGAAGGGAGUUUCUAGAACGUCGUCAGACAAUGAGAUGCUCGCACAGAUGAAACUCACACCGCCGGUCAAUCGAAUGUCGGCACCAAAGCACAACAACGAGGACGACUCACAUUACCAGCCGCCGCCCAUUCCUGUCAGAGCUCCACCUCGUCCUCCCAAGCCUGAACCUCCACCUCAACUGCCACCCAAGUCAAUGCGAGGCCCUAAACCUCCACCACAUCCGAAUCCUUAUGCACAGCACAGUGAUCCACCAGCUAUUCCUGAUCGUAAGCCAUCAACACGAGGUCGUCCUCCGUCUGAGCCGCCUCCACAGCCUACACAAAGUCCGAGAGCGGCUCGAAGGAUGUUGAGUAAUGGGCAGGCAUCACAGACUUGUUUUACUAAGAUUUUCAACGGAUGUCCAUUGAACUUGUUGUGUGCAUCUUCGUGGACAGCACCAUAUACGCUUGAGCAAUAUGUGUUGUUGGGAGCACAAGAGGGUCUUUACACACUGAAUAGUACGCAGCUAGAUUCAACUAUGGAACAGAUCUAUCCUCGUGAAUGCAAGUGGAUGUAUGUAAUAGCCAACGUUUUAGUAACAAUAUCAGGUAGGAACCAACAUGUUUGUAUGACGAACUUGAUUGAAGCUCAUAACAAGCAACAGCACCAGCAGCCGGGACUUCUUCCUAGGAGAAGGCUAGUACAUACAUCGAAGGUACCCGACUCCAGAGGCUGCAUGAAAUGUUGUGUUGCCCGCAAUCCAUUCAGCGAUCAACAGUUUCUCUGUGCUGCCACUACCAACAAAAUUAUCUUGAUGCAAUGGUACCAACCAAUGCAGAAAUUUAUGAUGGUCAACUCGUAUCCAUACACAUUGUCAUCACCUCUCACAGUCUUUGAGCCAAUCGUAUUGAAAGAUCACGAAUAUCCAGAGCUGAUCACGGCUGUUUAUGAAGAUGAGCACGACAGUCAUAAUUUGUAUUUCGAGACGAUCAACUUGAACACGUCAACCAGUUGGUAUCCUCAACCGUAUGCAGGACGGCUGUUGUCUACGAACACCGUGUGUCAGUUAGAGAAGGACACCGUGCUUGUCUGCUAUGACCGACGAUGCAAGUUUGUUACUGUCAGAGGAACCCUCAAACCAAGCACACGGCAGGCAUCUCUCUUAGAGUUUGACCAUGAACCACAACACAUCGUCUGUCUUCAGGGCAGUGUGUUGAGCUUUUACGAGCAUGGAAUGCAAGGAAAGAACCUCGGCAAUGGACAGGUCACGUCCCAAGUUUCGGAUAGACACAGGAAGUUUAGACUUCUUGGAUCUGACAAGGUGAUUAUUGUUGAGAGUCGACCUUCUGACGAUCCACAGGCUCCUUCCAACAUCUACAUUUUAGCAGGCUCCGAAGAACAAAUCAAGUGACUUAGUUGUGUAAUGGAUUGAUAGAUAGGCACUGUUUUCACUUGCUGUAUGGCUAGCAUAAACUGUCGUUACAUGAUCUCAGACUUGGAUCUCAGAAGGUUUCUCUUUGUUAUGUAUUACUGUAUUGUACUUACGGUGUUUUUCAACGUGUUGAUGUAGAGAUGUUUGUGAUAAUGUGUAGUAAAUAUUACAGAGAGAGAAAGAGAGAGAGAGGG